AUGAAUAAAGGAAGAAACAAUACUCAAGUUGCCACUUUUAUCCUGUUGGGAUUCUCUGACUUUCCAAGGAUUAUAGUCAUCCUAUUUUCAAUAUUUCUAAUCAUCUAUGUCUUCACAGUGUUCUGGAACAUGGGCCUCUUCACCCUAAUCAAGAUGGACUCUUACUUGCAUACACCCAUGUACUUCUUCAUCAAUAAACUCGCCUUCUUAGAUUUUUGUUAUGUUUCCUCCACAGCUCCUAAGAUGCUCUCAGAUUUCUUCAAGAAACAGAAAUCCAUCUCCUUUAUGGGAUGUGCCAUGCAAUACUUCUUCUUCUCUGGCCUGGCUCUGACUGAAUGCUGUCUCCUGGCUGCCAUGGCUUAUGAUCGCUAUGCUGCCAUUUGCAAUCCUCUGCUUUACACAGCCAUCAUGUCGCCCACUCUCUGUGUGAAGAUGACAGUAGGAUCAUGUAUAACUGGAUUCUGUGGUGCAUUUAUUCAACUGUGUGGUUUACUUCAGCUUGAUUUCUGUGGACCCAAUAUCAUCAACCAUUUCUUCUGUGACUUGCCGCAACUAAUAAUCUUAUCAUGUUCAGACUCUUUUUUCUUACAAGUGAUAACGUCAGUACUCACAGUGAUAUUUGGACUCAUGUCUGUCCUGGUUAUCAUGAUAUCUUAUGGCUAUAUCGUUGGUACUAUUCUUAAGAUCACUUCUGCAGAAGGCAGGUCCAAAGCCUUUAAUACCUGUGCUUCUCACCUGACAGCAGUGAUCCUUUUCUUUGGUUCAGGCACUUUUGUCUAUUUGUGCCCUAAUUCUGAUGAUUCUCUGAGUCAAAAUAAGUUGGCUUCUAUUGUAUACACUGUGGUGAUUCCCAUGUUAAAUCCACUGAUCUAUAGCCUAAGGAACAAGGAAAUCAAAGAUGCUCUAAUCAGAUGGAAGAGGAGAAUAUUUUCCUGCAGUGAUUGA